CAAAAUAGCAGAUAGUUGACAUAUCACUGCUUCAAUGCGGUAUGAAGGUCAUGAGCAUUUUUCUUUUUUACACAGAAGCAUAUUUUUAAUAACAAAAAUUUCAUUUCAGGUAGCAAUAGAUCAAUGUUAAACAGUAUUAAUUCGAGGAUAGUAAAUGUUUGGUUCUUCCCUUUAUCAGUUAGAAGGAAAUCAGCAGCAAGCAGAGAAAUUUCACUGUUAACCAAUAAUAGUAGCAUGUUUGACUUCCUUCACCCUGAAAUUGCUCUUUUUGUAAUGGUUAACUGCUCUGUUGUAACUCACAGCAGGGGGGGUAAUUUUCUCAUCAAAGGAGGCAAGAUAAAAGGAAAGAAAAUUCCUUCCAUCACACGUGUUAGAACCCAUUUGGAAGAACAAUCAUUACAGUACACUAAACAAUUCCAGUUUUUACGGCUCCUUGCACCCACGCUGCGCCAAAAUCCAGUGGGAGCGAUGGGCCGGGUCGGCGAUUCCCCGCUGCCGCCGGUUCCCCGCUCAGGGCGGCUCGGCCGCCGGCCCUUCCCUUGUGGGGGACGGGCGGUGGUCGGGGAGAAGGAGGCAGAGCCUGUAUUUCCCUCCCUCCCUCGAUCUCUUGGUCCCGUUCCCUCUGCCCCCGUCGCACCGCUCCCCUCUGCCUGCCUCUGGGCACGUCGCCCCCUCGGCCUUCUUCCCCCAGUGGCUCCGGGUCACACGCGGGAUAAAGUUUCCCGAGGAAACUGGAGUGGUAGCGCUUUCCGUGACGGCAGCACCGGAGGAUAAAGACCCUGGGAGGCCGCGGGUCCUCGGCAGUCCAUGUACCUGCUGCGGGGGGUCGGUUUCCACGCCGUAUUU